AUGUGCAAGUGUCCCGGUGUGCAGAGACAUCCCAAGAUUUCGAUCUGUUGGUACGACAAGCCGUUCCACACGUACCACUGCUUCAUCAGCGGAGGCAUCUACUGCUGCUGCCCCAAUGAAGAGACCGACAAGGCCUGGCUGGACGUGCUGUGGUGGCUGGCUUGCAUCCUGACCAGCCCCAUGGCCCUGAUGUUGGCGCUCCUCUUCGGCUUCUGCUGCACCCCCGACAACUGCCGCACCUACUGCGAGUGCCGGGAGGAGGAGCCCGGUGCCCUCACCCGCUGCGACGAGUACUGGUGCUGCAUCGCCGUGUAA